GGAUAUGUGAAGUGUGUUUUGCCCCGUGAAAGUGUCGUUCCCUGUUAUGUUUAAGCGACGAGAGGAGUUGGUGUCCGCCGAGGACUCCGCCAGGAGCUUCUGCGUGCGUUACCUCGGUUGCACCCGGUUCCAGUCCAGGGCCAAGCAGCGUGGGCUCAAGGCGCUCCAGAGGCCCCUGUUGGACUUGUACAGUGCGGCGCGACGCAAGGGUGAAGACCACCGCUCGGUGCACCCGCUUGCCCUCACGCAGCGGUUGGAUGUGUCGCACUAUGGACUGGUCGUGGCCGAAGCCCUCGAGGAUCCGGAAACAGGCCGCGCCGUCACAGCCGUCACGCGGGUCAUCACUCCAGCCGCCAAUGUGGUCCUCUGGGCUGCGCUUCGGUUCAGCGCUAGGCUGGCAAAGCGACGUUCCAUCGGUGCCGCCUUCGUGCCACUGGCCUGCUCCGAGGAUGUGGUCGACCGAUCCUGGUAUUCAGGGUUGCCCAACAAGCGUAGGUUCCUGGUCGGACUGGCGCACCCACCCGUGUUCGCCUGUCUCUUUCGGCAAGUGGCUGCACCUUCCACGUGGGAAUGUCAUGGUUUCCUCUGCGCCUCAGCCGAGGAUGCGCUGCUCAUCUGCUCAUCGCUGGGCGAGGCUAGGGACACGCUCGUCGUGCUCGACAGGCCGCGACCCACCCCUAUCGUCGGCAAGAGGCCCGAUGAUUACAGCGACCUCACCUCUUGUACGUCAUCCUACACCGUGCGAAACUUCAGCGGUCGCAAGCUCACCUCAUCGAUAGACGAGGCGCAGUCGUCAGUGACAGCAUCUGCGAGUGGAUAUUACCAAGAAAUCGACAGGAGAGUUAAAUCUCCAAAACGAACGUCCAAGAGGUCUUCAAGGAGGACGGACACAGAGUCAAAGUCAUCAGCCAGCGAGGAGCGGAAAAGAAGAGUGCGAAGAAAGUCGAGCUCGUACAAAUAUAGGGACCUUUCUGGAAAAUUUGGCGGUUCUGCCGUACCAAGACCAACUGCCUCUGAUUUUUCAUACUCUUCUAAUGGUAACGUAACCGUGAGUCCGGAUAAUAUAAUCGCAAAAGAUGUCGUACUGCAAACUUCGAGUCACAAGGAUGGCCUCAUUUUCCAGAACGUGGUUAAGUCUGGGGACAGAAAGUCUUCAGACGAAUCCACUUCUUCAACGCAGACCCCUACCAACGACACCGGUUACUUUUCGUCUAAAUCUAAAAGUGCGAAAGCAUCCAAAGAAGACUUGACCCAACAAGAACCGGAGCCGCCAAAAAGCCCACCCCGGCCUCCACAGUCGACGUAUUACUUCGGACAGAACAUCGGUCCGACGACCUCCACUUCCGCGCAGAAGACAAAGGUAACGUCGUACACGUACUUCCUCAAAGAUACAAGUAGGGUGCCUGUCAAGGAGCCGCUCAUCACGCCCGAGGAGGUCAAGCCUCACGCGAAGCUUAACGGCCUGACGGUGGGUGGAGGCGUCUCCGACAGUUCCCUCUCUGGAUAUCAUUCAGACUCCUGCUGCCAAACCCGUGAAGCCAGCACCAUGACGAACGCUUGUUGCGAUUCGGAUUGCUGCUGCUCGUGCGAUUUCUCGUCGGCCUGCUCUGAAUGUAGUUCCAGCCGCGAUACUCUGGUGCCAAGCCGCAGACCCAGUCGAAGCCAGAUGACCAUGUCGGAGACCAUGAAUUUAAGCAGUGAGUGCGAGUCGGACGCGCCAUGGGCACGACGUCGCGCAUCUACCACCACCGACUCGUACGUCACUGACAGGGUUAGGGGCCGCGCCGAAGACCACCGCAGAGAGCUUGUCACCCGCGCCCAGAUACACCACCACCAGCACGCCGUGAAGCGGCGAGAGUCACCGAAGAAGACCAAGAAUGCGUGUACGUCCACGACGUCUUCCCUCCGCGGAAGCCCCAACGGCAAAGUGGUCAUCGACGUGGUUCAGUACGACGGAACGAGUCGGGGAAUGCUCACUACUCCAGGAGUGAUAACGUUCAACAAGCACGGCCACGUCCGGGACUGGGCCUCCCUGAGCAACUGCUCGGGCUCCUCCAGGGUCACGUCGACAUUGCAGCCGGUCGAAAAGAACCAGCGCACCGCCAAGAUGAUCCGCUGGGAACAGCCACCGCCCAAGAGGCACAACAAGCCAGGCUUCCUGUCAAACCUCAAGAAGCUCAGCUUGUCCUCGCUGACGCGUGCCAGGGCGAAAACGGGUAAGCUCUUCAGCCGUAUGAGGUCACGUCGGAAGGAGCAAGUGGAUCCCGAGGCGACCCCGGAAGUGUGCCUCAGUCCCGAUGGCAAUACCAGGCCGAAGCGGAAGAAGAGAAGGCGUCUGUCCUGGAGCUUCCAUGAUCUGCGGUCCGCGUUUCCGUCCAAGAGCGGUGUGGUGUACGUGGGGGCGCCACAGAGACCUCGCAGACGCAAGAAGGGGGAACGACGGCCGAGCGACGAGUCCGAUUCCGGUCUCGAGGAGCGGAAGACGACGCAUGAGGUUGUGCCGUGCGCGCCGAGACGUCAGAGGAGGAAGUCCGACUCCGAGAUCAGUCAUCAUGUGGCCGGGGACGUGACCACCAUCCACGUGGAACACGGCCUCACCAAGGACGGAUUCAAGCGGUGGUCCAACACCAACCUGCAUUCGGAACUGGGCUACAUCCCGUGAGCGAAGGGUCUCUUACGCCGCAAU